GGAGGGACUGUAGCUUGCUUGCGUCUGGUGGAGGGAGUGUGAGCGGGGCUGCCCUGAAUGGAUAGACAUAAGAGGGAUUUACAUUUUAACGGGUGUCGUGCUCCCAAAGGCUACACGAAGCACGCCGAAAACCAGCCAUUCCCCGUCGCUGCGUAUUCACGCCGUCGGUGCUCCUUCCCGUAUCAUGUCCAUGUGUCAUCGUGUGGAGAGGAUUGAACUUACCAGCGCUCUAUAUUUGCCGAGGAGGGAAACCAAUACAAGGUCUCGCUGUCUCGCUGGAGCGGGGUAUUAUUAGCAGUUCAGACAGUGCAACUGUCUCUCUCGCUCUCUCUCUCUUUCUGUGGUCAUGCACGCAAUAGCAAAAUCAGGGUAGCAUCAUAGUUUGCAUUUAAAAUACAGAAGAGGAGGAUUUUCUUUUUUAAGAAAGCAAAAUUGUGUGCUAAGCAAAAGAUAAACGUUCACCUGGCUCCCAUGCUGGCUGCCAGAAAUCUUCCACUUCAUACCCUCAGCCAUGCCUGCUACUACCAGACCCACCAGGAUACAGACAUCUACUCAGAGGAAGAACAGCAAGAAAGCGAUCCACACCAAGAGGCAAACUUGCAAUUCAAAUAAAACCAGAGGAAGAGCUGCACAGAGGACCCAGAAAACAUCCAGAGAACCCAGAAGUUCAAAAACCAGGGCCCAAGCACAGUCAAGCCAAAGUCCCCAUGGAAGAGAGUUUAGCAGACCUGCUGCCCAAGGUCCCAGGAGGUCCCCCAGCAGAGUGAACCUUUCCCUAAAUGUAACAGGAUCUGCAAGGCUUAGACGGGCGAGCAAUCCGCCUGACCACUGUGGCAAGUUACAAGACCCCCUGGGGCGAAGGAAGUCCCAGCGGGGUACACAAGUGUCUGUUACUCCCUGCCAGCCUCCUAAACCUUGCAGUAGAGGGAAGUACAGCAGGGGGAGCACUAGGAGAAGAUCAGCACCCCAGCACGGAAACAAAAAAAAACAGCGACCGAGUACCAGAAUCAAUGAUUCAACUCCUGAUAAGGACGCUGAGAAACUGGAAAAUUGUGAUGAUGAGGAAGUUGGUCUAAAAACGGAGGUUGAGACUCCUGAAAAUGUCAAAGACCAGGGCCUCGGAGUCAACGGUGCUAAAGAGGACAGCGUUUUUAAAGCUGAUUCACCACUGUGUAAUAACACACUGGAAGACUGUGUGCAGAACAGCUGUGAUGGUCCUUUAACCCAGCAAGAGAAAAUUACUGACAGCCAUAAGAGUAAAGGUGAUCUGAAGAGUGUCUCUGGAGUCCCAGAGGGUGAUGAUGCUGAUGGACAAAUAAAACUCUGCAGUGAAAGGAGUAAAGAAGCACCUCCUGAGUCCUCAGAGUCAACCACUACAGACUCACUGGAGGUGCAGGGCAGCUGUGAGGGAAAUGACACUUCAGCUACCCUUGGAAAAAAGUUUGAUCAUCCUGCCAGCGAUGGUAAGGAAGAUAAUGUGUGUACUGCACAGCAAGCGCAAAACAACAUCCUGAUAUUGCAAGAUAAAACAACAGAUGAAAGAGUCACACCUGAUGAUGAGAGAAGAGAGGAGAUAAACCGUGAGAGGAAAGAGAGUAUAGAAGCAACAAAGCCAGUUCAGAGGCAAAAAGAGACAGUGGAAGAGAUGGAGGACAUCACUUGGAGGUUGGGUAAUUGUGAGAAUAAAGAUGGAGGAAAGAAACAGAAGGAGAAUGAUGUUUCCAUCAUUCCUGCGCACCCCCAAACUGGCACUCCAGCCUGUCAAACCCCAGAUCCACCUCAUUCUAACAAGGGACUGACAGCACAGUCAGAAUCACCUGCUUGUGUGCUACUGGUCUCCAACACAGCUACCUCAAAUCCCACCAAAGCCCCUUCCACCUCAGAGUCACUUGGCAAAGUUCUGAGUAAGAUAGAUAUUCAACCUGCCACUCAUGGUGCUAAACCUCAAUCUCCAGGGUGCUCAGUUGUGACUGAAGCAGCCCUGAUGGUGCAGGCUGUUGUAGUGAAAAGAAAUAUGCCAGUUAUUAUCCGUACAGACUCCCUCAAACUUAGCAAUAUGAGGGAUUCCUGCCACGGGGAACCACACCAGCCACAGAGCCAAGAGGUCCUUCCUAAUCAAGGAGAAAGUCUAGCUUGCACACCAGCAGAGUCACAAACCAAAGAUAGUGAAUCCGUUCAAGAGCCACUGGAGCACAAGAGCCAGAAAGCUGUACCUUUGGGGUCCUCAGCACUACUUUCCCAGCUGGCUGCCCCCUCAACCAAGUUAGAACUAAACCUCAGCGAGGUUCAGUUAGCAGUGCCAGAGCAGGAUUCGGUGCCAAAGAUCUCGACUCCCUCUCUGGACAGCAGCUCCACCUUCUCCUGCAGCUCAGAGAGCACUCGAUCCUCUUUUUCUUUCGAGACUGAAUCAGAGGCCGGGUACGGAGAGCCCAGCUUAUCUGUUCAGCCGGGAUCCUGGGCGCAAGAGGGGGCCUGCUCGCUCGCCUGGAUCGCUUCAAAACUGCAGAGGAAGGAGGGGAAAAAGCGGCGCAGGUGUGGGAAAUGCGAGCCGUGCCUCAGGAAGAUCAACUGUGGCCAGUGCAGCUGCUGCCUCAACCGCAGAACCGGUCACCAAAUCUGUAAACUGAGGAAAUGCGUGGAACUGAAGAGGAGAAGACCUUCAUCUCCAUACACUCACUCUGCUGCACAGGUGGUUCCAGAAAGUGGGUUGGUAAAUGGCACAGGCAAAGCACAGAUGGAUGACACCCACAUGGCAGCAGAGGAGGAUGAGGGGGAGGAAGGCCACAUACCUCAUACACAGACUCCCCCCAUUACCCACUCACUCACCCACGACCAGGUCUUGGACCAAGGUGUACGGCCAAUACUUAUUAAAGGAGAGCCCGGGCUGGAGCUGACCAGCACUGCACCACUUCACCAACAAGUAUGCUCUUCUGUGACUUUUCAGAAUGGUUCUGCUGCGAACCUGAUAAAACCUAAACCUGGUGCUAAUAUGACCACUGUGUCUGCAUUGAAACGGACUACAAUGGCAUUGGAGCCUCAAAGGAAUAUCAUAGCUGCAGUUCCUAAAGACUCUGAGAAUGGACCCAUGACUCCUCCAGAUGACUUGUCAGUUCCACUAAAGAAGAUAAAACAGGAGGAGCCAUGGGUGUGGAUCACUGAACAGACCACCACACAGCUGAGUGAUGAAGAUGAGGUAUGUGAGGACCCACUGGCUACGCUGGCAGCCGUUGUGUGUCUUUCUGUCACCGAGAGGAAGGGGCUGGAGGAGAAACUCUUCAGCUCUCGUGCUUCCAUACUUCACUCCAUCAAAGCAGAGGCACCAGAUUUGCACUUUGUGAGAAAAGAGAAAGAGGACUUGUAUCUGAAAAGCACUCCUGUUAAUCUGCAAAGCACUCCCCCACCCAUUAAAAGUGAGCCUCUUCCAAGUGUCUUGUUACCAAGCGUGCAAUCUUUGGCAGAGAGGAGAAACCUUAGUGUUGAUCAGGCUAUCGCUAUUGAGGCCUUGACUCAGCUGGCAGCUAUACCUCAAAGCACACCAGGGUCCAUUAAAACUGAAAGUAAGUGUGAACAUCCCAUUUCUACUGCUGUGCCAUCAUCAGCCUCGUGUACAAAUACAGUCCUGCAAGAAGCCAAACCCGCAGUAGCUUUUGGCUACAACAAAGUCUCUGUCAUCAGCUCACCACUACAUCAGAUGUCAGUUAUACGACCUCCUGUGGCCAGACAAGGGAAUGUCAUCCAGCGCUCCAACGGGUUGAGCAUAAACAAGCUGCAGAGCCUCUUGGAGGCAAGCUCACACAGUGAUAAAACAAUCUCCAGGAGGACAGAACAGGAUUGUGGUGCUUUUGUCAUUAAGUCUGAAUUCAGUUAUAAAACCCCCACUGAUGUGAAGUUUAGUAAGGAUCAUGAGCGUCUGUCUAUGGAGGGUGGGGUUGUUGCUAAAGUGAGUAGAAACAGAGAUGAAGAGGAAGUGGCAGCUCAGCUGGCAAAUUUAGCCUUCAUCAUCCAGUCCCAGCACAACCAGCAGUCAGAGAACAAUCCUUUGAAAGGAGCGCCUGUUUCAGCUAUCAAAUACAACUACAAAUCCCAGCAACCCCCCAGUCAGAAAACACCUGUCAGGAAGAAAACAAAAGCUGCGCCUUCCAAGCCCAGAAAGAAGAAAACUGAUGGAUUAAAUCAGCGCACGCCAAAUAGAGAGACGCCGUACAGGAGCAGAAACCAGAAGAAUCCCUUGCAGGGUAAAUCGGGACUUCACCACAAGAAAAACCUAUUUCUGCCUCAGGCUCAAAUUGAUCUGAAGAGAUACUUGGCUGAGGCACAGGAGGAGAGGAAGCAAUUUAUCCAUCAGAUUAACACUCAAAAUAUAUCUCAUUUAGGGCAUCAGACUCAGAACUAUAGCACUCUCGCAACGUUCAACCACAUUUCCGGUCAAGAAAACCAGCCGUGGUCCCUUUCCAAAGGUCCACUUCACCAACAUAACCCAUGCAAUGGUUACGCUGCAGGACCAGAAGAGUACGAAAAGCAUUUGUUAUCUCAGGUAGCGCAGCCCUGUGGUGGGCUGCAGCACGGUGCUGAUCCUAACACCAGCCCAGCCAAAUCAGCUUUUCUCAGCCCUAACUCUGGGCAUCAUGGUCUGGCUAAUGGCUUCUCAGGGGCUCGCCAGUCCCCUCCUCUAAGUCAACAAAGCUACUACAAGCUGGAGAGUUCAGGACCUGUCACUGUCCUGUCUACAACCACUGAUGGGAGUCAGGGCCACUCUGCGGACUCAACUCCAUCCAAGAACGGCAUCAACAGUUUUCUGGAGUCUCCCUCGAGUUUUCUGGAUACCCCUACCAAGAACUUGCUCAACACACCUUCCAAAAAACUGGCUGAUCUUCCAUCCUGUCAGUGUGUGGACCAGAUCAUUGAAAAGGAAGAAGGCCCUUACUAUACUCAUCUUGGGGCAGGACCCAGCGUCGCUGCAGUGAGGGAACUUAUGGAGAACAGGUAUGGUGCCAAAGGAAAUGCAAUAAGGGUGGAAGUUGUUGUUUACACUGGGAAAGAAGGCAGGAGCUCCCAGGGGUGUCCAAUAGCUAAAUGGGUGGUCCGGCGUGGCAGUGAAGAGGAGAAGCUGCUGUGUUUGGUCCGCCAGAGGCCAGGGCACCACUGCGACUCGGCAGUGUUGGUGAUCCUCAUCCUGGCCUGGGAGGGAAUUCCUCGGCCGGUAGCAGACCACCUAUACCAGGAGCUGACAGAGACCCUCUUUAAGUACGGCUCCCCCACCAGCCGUCGUUGUGCGCUCAAUGAAGAUCGCACAUGUGCGUGCCAGGGUUUAGAUCCGGACACCUGCGGAGCUUCAUUUUCCUUUGGUUGCUCCUGGAGCAUGUACUUCAAUGGAUGCAAAUUUGCACGCAGCAAAGUUCCUCGGAAGUUUCGCCUGCAAGGUGACUACCGAGAGGAGGAGUUGAAGGUAGAAAACAACCUUCAGAGUCUUGCCACCGAGGUCGCCCCCCUCUACAAGAAACUGGCUCCUCAGGCUUUCCAAAACCAGGUGGAAUAUGAGGCGGCGGGGGGUGAAUGCCGGCUGGGCAAGAAGGAGGGACGUCCUUUUUCUGGGGUUACAGCUUGUGUGGAUUUCUGUGCACACGCUCACAAAGACACUAGCAACAUGAAUAAUGGCAGCACCGUGGUUUGCACUUUAACCAAGGAAGACAACCGUGCAGUUCGUAACAUGCCAGAGGAUGAGCAGCUCCACGUGCUGCCACUUUACAAGAUCUCUGACACAGAUGAGUUUGGUCACGCUGAGGGCCAGAUGGCAAAGAUCCAAAGUGGUGCUCUUCAAGUUCUGUCUUCCUUUCCUCGAGAGGUUCGUCUGCUGGCAGAGCCGGUAAAAUCAGCCCGUAAGAUCAGACAAGAGGCUCGCCUUAAGGCUCAAACAGAGCGACUGGAGAAGAAGCUUGGGGUGACUCCUCUCACUCCUGGAAAAGUGAAAGUUGAAAGCCCCAACAAAGCUGGAUACAACAGCUCUUACAGACCUGCUAGUGUGGAAAGGUACCUACCAGAGAAGAAUCAACCCUGCACUUAUAACCAGAUCAGCAGCUACCCCACUGUGGGUCCAGGAGUCAACCCGCAGAGGGAGGUCAUCUCACCCAACACCCAUGGCCUGCCUGGCCUCCAGUUUGGACAGAAUGGCUCAGUUCUCAGUUAUAAGACAGUGAGUGAUACAGUGAAUGGUUAUUCUCCAGCAUCUGGUGACCAGUGUGCUCUGACAGAGUGUAUACCUCCACGUAACACACCUGCUGACUAUGAUGGUGCUUUUAAAACUGAGCCCAGAGAGGUGCACUGUUCUCCUCAGCACAAACCUCUUCCCAGCGGGAGCGCUCCUCCUCCCUCUCCGUUCUCCCCCAGUCCAACCUCUGAGGGCCUCUUCAGCCGGCUCAAUGGGCUCCAUGGGUCUGUGGGAGAUGUCAUAGCAGAGGCUAGGGGUCAUGGCCUCCCACCGAUGUCUCCUCUCUCCCUCCCUGUACAAACUCCACCAUUUGAACCAGAGGAAGUGAAGCAGGAAGAGGUGUGGUCAGACAGCGAACACAACUUCCUCGACAGCGAAAUAGGCGGAGUCGCCGUGGCCCCGUCGCACGGCUCCAUCCUAAUCGAGUGCGCGCGGCGGGAGCUCCACGCCACUACUCCAGUCCUCAAGCCAAAUCGCAGCCACCCCACCCGCAUCUCUCUAGUCUUCUACCAGCAUAAGUCCCUAAAUGAGCCAGGCCACGGGAUGGCUAUGUGGGAUGCCAAAAUGGCCAAGCGGGAACGGGACAGGGAGGAGGAGGCUGAGAGAUUGAGGCUGGAGGGCAGCCUUAGCAAAGGUGCUGGAGGGGUGGAGGGAGAGGAGGAAACGGGUGAGGAGACAGAGGAGACGAGGAUUAUGAAUGUCCCCACACGUAAGGCAUGGACUCUCCCAAGGGACGGGGUCAUCACCGCGUCCCCGUAUGCUCUUACCCAAGUGACGGGUCCAUACAAUCGCUGGUCUUAGUCAACAUGUUUUAAACCUUGACAUUCACACACACACACACUCAAACACAGAAAACUCCUACACCCUGUGCUUCUGCCUUACCUCAGACAAUUUUAAACUGCUACUCUCAUUUUUAUUCUUUUUUUUUUUCAUCGUGCUUUUCUUAUACCUGUUCACUUUGCCCUUCUUCGUCUCUUCCUUCAGAGUGACGAGGAAGACCAAAGGUUGUCGGCUUUUUAACUGUGAGUUUCGGUGUCGGUUUUUAUUGUAAAGAGAUGGUGCUUUGAAGCAUUUAAAAGACAUUUUUAAACUGGUUUUAUAUACAGAACAAACAGAAAAAAAAGAUGUGAUUAUUUAUUCUGAUCAUAACGAUUUAUAUUUAAUUUCUGGUGUAAGCCUGUUUACUGCAAGAUUUCUACGAUGACCUGCAUUAUGUGUUCAGAUUUUAUGUUGUACAGUAGAAAAUUACUUUUUAUUUCAGCCAGUAAUUCUCUUUUCAGAAGAUGAAUCUCAUUGGCUUUUUUUUUUUUUUACAUUGGUGCCAUUCUCACUGUAAUCUUUAUUAAGCAAACUCAUUACAUCACAUUAUGUAGAAAAUAAGACUAAUAUUCUGCAUAUUUUUACUACAGAUUGUCACAUGUAGCAUUACACAUUUCCUUCUGCUGCCUCUGACUUCUGUCGGCGGUUGAUGAAAGAAAUGUACUUCCUCGGUCUGUUGUUUGUUUAUUCGUUAUAUCCACAUCUGGAUAGUUUGUCUUUUAUUCACAGAUAUGUAUGGCAUAUUAAAAAGCACUUUUUUUUAAACCUAACUUGAAAAGGGUCCCAGUCCAUAGGCCUGAAUAUGUAUGUACAGACAGAGAAAUAUAUGACAUUUUAGCAUUAAUCCUUUUUUUUUUUUUUUUUUUUUUUUUACAGUAUUUCUGCACUUAAUUGCGUUUCACUCAUUUGAUUGAAGAUGGCAUACAUAUCUAAUGAAACUAAACACCUAGCGAGGAAUAAUGAAAUGCUACAUCAGUAAAGUGCUUAUCAUCAUUUGCACUUUACUUACGUUCAGCUUCUGGAAAAGGAAUUCAGUUUUUUAUAGGGAACAAGAGUGAUUAUAGGAAUUAAAACACCUACUGUACAUGAUAUUGGUGCUAAGAAGACCUUUUUUUUUUCUUUCCAGAAACCACAAAGUGUCAGAUAUGUCAACAGAUCAUGCUCGGCUUUUAUGUCCAUACUCUUAAGUUUGAGCAUAAAGCUGCAUUAGCCACUGCUGAAUAAUCAAUCUGUUUCUUUUCCCUUGUCUGUGCUUUUGUUGUGAAACCACUCAAACACCAGAUCCCACUUAGCCAGCUGCCUAAGACGAUUUCGGGUGCUCGACCUCUGUGAAAACUUUGUUUACAGAACGCUUUUUUACAGGGUCUAUAAAAAGGGGGGUUGGUGUCAACUCCUGAUUAAUCAGGAUUUCUUCCUUGUUAUUUUUCUGUUACCCAUACAAGCAAAGCUCUUAAUUUUAAGAAUGAAUCAAGAGAUAGAGACAUAUAAUAUUCACACUAAAACUGAUGGCAUAACAUUUCCUGUAGACGCAUUUGGGUCUUUUAAACACUUUGACUUCCUUUUGGUGCUAAUAGGACAAGAUGUCAAGGUACAUGCAUUGACGCAACCUGCUUAUGUACUGUAUAACAGUGAUGGCACGGUGCUUUUUGAAACUCAGCACUCACUGAUCCUGUAUUUGAUUCAGUUCAGUUCAUUUCUUCUGGUCGCUACCGGCUGGCAACAUCAUGACAUACCUUAAUUUGUCAAGUACAAGUAAAACAGCGCACUAUGGGCAGAUGUCCACAUAGAGUUCAAAUGUCUUCCACAGUUAAACCCAACUCUGCAGCAGUUAUCAAAAGUCACAACAUAACACACAAAUAAAGAUGAAUGUAAAACUGUUUUUUAAAUGAGUUAAAUUUAGAAAGAAUAUUUUUUGAACAUCACGUGAUGAAAUUACAGUUCUAAAUGUUUCUCUCGACUUACUGUGGGGGACAUUUUUAGUCCACAAUGAACAUUUUUUAAUCAACAAAGAACUAACAACGAGCACCAGCAUUAAAAAAAUGGGGGGGAAAAUUCUUAGUAGAAAAUGUGUAAAUAUGUAUGUGAACCACAUUGUUUUUACUGUAUUGUUACUGGUGUUUAGACAAUGGGUGAUCUUGCUUAUUUUGAAACUGAAUUACUGUACGUCGCUUAAAGUAUAUCCAGUUUAGACUUGAGGAGAGAAUAAAUUUAGCAUUCCUUUUAUGGAUGGCUGAUCUCUUUCGGGAUUGUGAAAUAAAGUCAUAUUUAUAUU